CCUUACACGCGUUAUCCAAGUGCGGCAGCAGCGGCUGCGGCGGCCGCCGCGGUCGGUGGCGGUCCCCAGCAGCUACCGGCAUCCGUUAAUCCCUUCGUCACCGCCACAUACGCGCAGCACGCGACGUACGGUGGACAGCGGGUGCCUACAGCUUCAUCCCCAGCAAACACUAACAGCAGCUCCAGUAGUGCCACUGGCAGUCAAAGCGGGACAAUGAGCACGAAUCUCAGCAACAAUGCCAUGCAGGGUCAACAAGCAGAGCAGCUGUCUAAAACGAAUCUAUAUAUCCGUGGCCUCAACCAGAAUACGACUGACAAAGACCUCGUUAACAUGUGUUCUCAGUACGGAACUAUAACUUCCACCAAGGCGAUUUUAGACAAAAAUACAAACAAAUGUAAAGGUUACGGAUUUGUAGACUUCGAGUCACCGAUGGCGGCAGAGGGUGCUGUGAAAGCACUGGUCGCCAAGGGCAUCCAAGCGCAGAUGGCGAAAGUGGGUAUCUGGUUGCUCCGUAGACUGGACAGUCAACAGGAGCAGGAUCCCACUAAUCUGUACAUCGCCAACCUGCCGCUGACCUUUAAAGAGAACGACGUCGAGGCAUUACUCGCUCAAUACGGACAAGUUAUCUCUACCCGUAUUCUGCGCGAUACUUCCGGCCAGAGCAAAGGAGUUGGAUUCGCAAGAAUGGAAUCCAAAGAAAAAUGUGAACAAAUUAUACAAAUGUUUAAUGGAAAGGCACUAACAGGCGCAAAGGAUCCAUUAUUAGUUAAGUUCGCUGAUGGCGGAAACAAAAAAAAAUCGUUGUUUAAAAGUACAAUAUGGAGAGAGACUGGAGAGAAUAUGACUUUGAAUUACGACACGAGUGGCGUUGGUCAGAAUGGCGUUGCUACGACUCACAUGCUUCCCACGACAGCUCUUACACAGUACAGUCGUCACUACAGUCAGGCAUUGCCUGGUUACAGUGUGCCGGGCACUCCUUGGGUGGCUCCUUAUCUCGUGCACCCUUCCCCGCCACAUAUGCAACAGGUCGACAUGAUACCAUCGGCUGAUCCUAGUAAUCCACAAUACAGUAUGAUUCCUCAGCUUACCACGCAAAUGUCUACCUUGCACCUUGGCACUGGUUCCUACAUAGCGAGCCCGCAUCCCUAUCCUUACACAACUUAUCCUGCUCCUAGCAUUAUUCACACUAUGCCACUGGGCGAGUCGGAGCAGACGAGUAAUGCAGCGUCCCCCGACGACUCCUAUCAGCAGUACCAGGCUCAACAGCCUAAGUAGGCCACGGUUUAUAAUAGAUGUACGAUCGCGCUAAGGGUUACGUGAAUUAGGAAAGGCUUACUGAUUGACUUAUGAAGAUAUGCGCAGAAAGAGGGCAACAAAUACGAAAGCGAAUUACACUAAGAAGAAUAGAUUUGAAACAAAAACUACAUUACGUAACGAAUAAGAUUCUUCCUCACGAUAAAUUGACUUGCCAGCGUUUUUAUACGUUUUAUCCAACAGUAAAUAGAGGAAAGUAGAUGAUAUUUUGCAACGAGUAGGCAGAGUGAAUGUUGAGAGAAUGUGUAAGAACGAGAGGAAAUGAGCGAGCGAGAGAAAGAUUAUAAUUGAAAGAAGUACAGGAAAAUGAGUACGAAAACGAUUACGUGUCGUCCGCGUGAAAUGGCACGUGCUUCCAUACUAGUUAUGGCUCCAUUAAAGCUACGUGAUGGUAACACGUACACUCUUAUGUACACACAUACAGAGAGAGAAGGAGAGAGAGAGAGAGAGAGAGAGAGAGAAAGAGAAAGAGACAUAAUAUACGACAGUAACGAAAAAACCAAGUUAUUUACGAAGAACAAUUUAGUGUCAAGCUAAUAGGCUUCCAUGAUGUAACUUUAGGUAUUAUGUUUACUACGGACAGAUGACAGAAGCUAAUCGAAUCUAAUCUCGAGAGCUCGACAGUAUGGAUAAGUAUUUUAAUGAGUGAGAGCGAAAGAGAGAGAAUGUACGUGUGAAUGUGUUAACUAUAAAGAAAAACGAGGAAAGAAGAAGAAAAAGUAAUGCUCAGAAAUAUACAAAGAAGAAUUCUUCCCGAGGAAAUAAUAGUAAAUAAUAGUAAAAAAAUAUACAGCAAGAACGAAAGAGGGAGAGAGAGAGAGAGAGAGUGAGUGAGUGAGAGAGAGAGAGAAAAUGUGUGAAAGAGAGAAGAAAGGAUGCACUACUUCCAGGACGAUAUUUAAGAGAAGCAAUUUAGAGAUUCAAAAAAGGAGAUAUGUAUUCGAAACACACGCGAAGAUUGUCUACGAUAGAAACAUACACCGUGUGUAACACACGUUGAGUGAAUACAAUUUAUUUUUCGCGAUAGCACUUCACUUUAUCCGUUCUCUCGCGUGCAGAUUACGUAAGAUGCAUAAAACGGACACUUACCACCGCACCCUCAUCAAUUUCACGUAUCUUCGAGUUUUUUCCUUUUUUCAUUUUCCGUUUUUAUAUUCAGAAACAUUCCAAAAACUGGGUAUAUGCGCGCGUCACGCGGAGAUAUUUUUUUAAUCAAGAAUUCUGGAAGUACAUUAAUUUUUCUAGGCGGCAUCAUGCAUCUCUAUCGUAUGCGUUUCCUUGUUUCUUUUUUUUAAUGACAAUGAAAUUUUUUUAUUGUGGAUUAAAUUUCGGAAACAAACCAAGAAAAGAAAAAUAUGAUAGUAAAAUUGUUUCUAAAACGAGAGCAAGGGGAAAAUGCAAUUUUCAGAAUUUACGUAUAAUUAUUGUACGAAAUACGAAAAAAAAUAUGAAACAGUACUUUUUAGAGCGUUGUAUUUACGAUAAUUACAAGUUAAAAACGGAUCGAUAUAAAUUUUUAAUUGUACAGUGAAUACAGAUAUUUUUUUUUAGAAUCGUGCCUUUUCACACAGAUCCGUUAAAAGAAAGGGGGAGGGGGGAGAGAGAGAGAGAGAGAGAGAGAGAGAGAGAGAUUUAUAUAUAUAUGCAGGAGAAAAUUGUUAUAAUAUAUUUUUACGCAUCGUUAAAUUUGAUGCGAAGCCAAAUCUUAAUUUUCUAAUUAAUAUAUCUGUAAUUGUUUUUGUAUUAAAUCUCUAUACAUUUGUUUUCGUUGUCAAUUUAAUAGAUUUUGUGACGCGUGAUAACAUUAUUGAAUUGGAUUUUUGUCGGACUGUAUUAUAAAAGAAAAAGAAAUAAACACACACACACACAGCACAAAGACGGUCCGUAACAUAAUAUUUAAAAACGAGAGAAAAUCUAGGAAAAUCAAAUCGCGACAGGUUAAGUAACAAGAAUGUGAGAACAAGAAAGAGAGGGGAGGGAGGGAGAGAGAGAGAGAGAGAGAGAGAGAGAGAGAGAGAGAGAGAGAAUGAUUGAAAAUGUGUUUGAAAUAGAAAGAGAUUUAAAAAAAUGGUAAAAAGUAGGUUCGUUACAUGAUGAGAAACUAGAAUGUAAAUUAAUUUAUUUUAUCGGAAGAACCGUUGUAUAUGUACUGUCGAGAAAGAACAGAAAGACGAAAAGUAAAAACGCAUAGAUGCAUCGAUUUACACCGUAUAUCACAUGUAUGCACGACAGAUACACGCGUGUACAGACAGAUCGAGGGGAGAGUAAUUGAGACGACACUCUGUCAUCUUUCGAGAUGUCGAAAUUGAUGGCUGUAAAUAAAAUAAGUAUUUGUCUAAAUGAUCAAAUGGAAAAUUCGAGGAAGAUUGAACUUCCUGAGCGCUUUUGCGACCGCGCGAAUAAUUGUAUUUACCGAAAUGAGUAUAUUUUCUCAAGAAUUUGGAAAUUUGCAAAAGUAAACGCUUAUAUUACUUGAUUUGAUUAAAUACCUUCGUGUUGAGUCCCGUUU